UGCUGCCAGAAACUGCCAAGUAAGGACAUGACACCACAUCCUUAGCUCAAGCAAAAGUAUGCCAGUGCAGUGUACGAGUGAGCUUGCAUUGCGCCAUAUGUCCUGUGUUGGGAACAGGGCUUAAAGUAUUAUCUGAGAAGUUUUGAGUAAUCUUGGAGUACAGGUGGUUCAGAAAUGGGGUCAAGUUUUUGGAUGGUGUUUGCAGGACUGUGUGUGCUGCACAUGUUUACAGAAGGCACUGAAAAAGUUUGCCUUGGGACAGAUAAGCAGUUGACAUCAAUAGGAGACCCCAACCAUCAUUACAACUUGCUGAAGAACCUGUAUACCAACUGUACCUAUGUGGACGGGAACCUAGAGCUGGUGGCGAUCGAGGGAACAGGCAGAGACCUCAGCUUUGUCAAGGAUAUCAGGGAAGUUACCGGAUAUGUCCUCAUAGCGUUGUCGGACAUCAGCUACAUUCCUCUCAAAAACCUGCGAAUCAUUCGCGGUAAGAACUUGUACCACGGCAGUGCUCUGUCGGUAAAGUUCAACUACAACAAGAACAUUCCGACACUGGGUCUCCGAGAACUACGCUUCAACUCGCUGACAGAAAUCUUGAAAGGAAACGUCACAUUCUUCAACAACCCACAACUCUGCUACGAGAACACCAUUGACUGGAAGGGGGACAUCCUCGCCAAUGGGUACUAUGUCAUAUCCGACACCAAGGAUAAAGCAAGAAUAUGUGAACCCUGUCCUGCCAGCUGUAAUGGUAACUGUUGGGGAAGCAGAGAAGAAGACUGCCAGAGCUUUACCAGAAGGCGCGGCCUGGGCCCAGGUUACUGCAGUGAACAGUGUGACUACAGGUGUAAAGGUCCGAACCCACAGGACUGCUGCCACAAGCAGUGUGCUGUGGGCUGUAUUGGCCCUCUGGCUACAGACUGUCUGGCCUGUCUCCAUUACAACAACUCCGGCAAGUGUGAGGAGCACUGCCCCCCUCCCUUUUUUUACGACACCGACCUGUUCCAGACAGUCACCAACCCUGAUGCCAAAUACACCUACGGGUCUCUGUGUGUGGACGAGUGUCCAUCUCACUUACUUCAGGAAGAGGAAAACUGUGUGAAGACCUGUCGAAAAGGGAACACUGACAACGGACAGCGAGUUUGUGAGAAAUGUGUUGGGGCCUGUCCCAAGAAAUGCACAGGAUUCCAAAAGUACCAGUUUGCAGGAUACAUGACGAUAAACGAGGCAAUCCUGAGAAACUUCACCAACUGUACCAUCAUAGAGGGGAGCCUGGUUAUCACAAAGCAGGCAUUUGAGGGGGACCUCUGGGCAGGCUUUGGUCCCAUGUCACCGUCGGAGCUGAGUGUGUUCAGCACAGUGGAGGAAAUAACAGGCUACCUGCAGAUAGAAGGACAACACGAAGACUUCACGGACCUCUCCAUGUUCCGCAACCUGAAGAUUAUACAGGGCAGGGAGCUCUACAAUCAAUACUCAUUAGUCAUCUACCAAACGUCGCUGGAAAGCCUUGGCCUGACAUCUCUGCAGCAAGUGAACAAUGGGAAGGUCAACAUCCAAAAGAACAGGGACUUGUGCUACAACGUGGAGGAUGUCGUCUGGAACCGCAUUCUGAAAAACCCUGCAGAACAGGAGAGGCAGAUUAACAGGAACAAAAAGAAAACCAAGUGUGUUGUUGAAGGGAGGACUUGCUCCGACCAGUGUAACUCUGACGGCUGUUGGGGGUUCGAAGCAAGCCAGUGUAUCAAGUGCGCCAAUUGUGAGGCAACCACGCAUUACUCAGACAACAGGAACACUGACAACAGCCAGCAAGUUUCCGAGAAAUGUGUUGGGGCCUGUCCCAAGAAAUGUGCAGGGUUCCAAAAGAACCAGUUUGCAGGAUACAUGACGAUAAACGAGGCAAUCCUGAGAAACUUCACCAACUGCACCAUCAUAGAGGGGAGCCUGGUUAUCACAAAGCAGGCAUUUGAGGGGGACCUCUGGGCAGGUUUUGGCCCCAUGUCACCGUCGGAGCUGAGUGUGUUCAGCACAGUGGAGGAAAUAACAGGCUACCUGCAGAUCGAAGGACAACACAAAGACUUCACGGACCUCUCCAUGUUCCGCAACCUGAAGAUUAUACAGGGCAGGGAGCUCUACAAUCAAUACUCACUAGUCAUCUACCAAACGUCGCUGGAAAGCCUUGGCCUGACAUCUCUGCAGCAAGUGAACAACGGGAAGGUCAACAUCCGAAAGAACAGGGACUUGUGCUACAACGUGGACGAUGCCGUCUGGAACCGCAUCCUGAAAAACCCUGCAGAACAGGAGAGGCAGAUUAACAGGAACAAAAAGAAAACCAAGUGUGUUGCUGAAGGGAGGACUUGCUCCGACCAGUGUGAUUCUGACGGCUGUUGGGGGUUUGAAGCAAGCCAGUGUAUCAAGUGCGCCAAUUUUGAGCUGGACGGGACGUGUGUGGAAAGCUGCGAGGCAACCACACAUUACUCCGACAACAAGCAGUGCCGCCCCUGCGACCCUCAGUGUGACGGCAUGUGCAAUGGCCCGGGUUCCGACAAUUGUACCAGGUGUCUGAAUGUAAAGGAUGGUCCCUUCUGCAAGGAGAGGUGCCCACCCAUGAAAUACCCGGACAGAAACAACCAGUGCCAGCUGUGCCACGAGAGCUGUGUAGCCCCUGAUAGCAGGUAA